UAGUAUCAUAACUUUUCUCCCCUAAUUUUCGCUUCCCCCUCUCUCUGUGCGGGUGGCAACACACCAGAUCUAGGGUUUUCAGCUUAGCUUGAACCCAGAAACAUGCACCUCACACUGGAAUUUGGUGAUGUAGCUUGCUGCUAAUGGAUAUUGCAGUGGGGGGUUGGAGCUUCUUUGUGAUUCAGUGAAGAUACAUAAUGUGGAUGUGGAACUUAAAAAAGGAUUGGAGAAGUUAACAAUGAAAGAUUUGCUUGCUUGGGUUCGUACCAAUUUGAUCAAGGAGAGGCCUGAAAUGUUCAUGAAAGGUGAUACCGUGAGACCUGGCGUUCUUGUUCUGGUGAACGACUGUGAUUGGGAGCUCAGUGGGCAGCUUGAAACUACACUGCAAGAGAAGGAUGUGGUGGUUUUCAUUUCAACCUUGCAUGGUGGCUAAAAGCCUAAGUGCAGCAGCGAGCUUCUUUCAGUCAUUCGUGGUACUCUUUAAACAUACAUAAAAUCUCAACCUGCGUUUCCCUGAAACUUAAUUGCCAGGGUAUCCCUGCAAAAGUUUGAAGCUCUACCUGUAGUCUGUUUGUACUCCCUUCAUAACCCAGUUCUCCAGCAACUUGUUUUUAACUUUUCACUUUACCUGUUGUUGCAAUUUACUAAUAGUAUAAGAUAGCAAAAGAUGAGGUUCUGGGUUGACUUCUGGGUUUUUGGUCGUCGGUUUCAGAUUGAAACCCAUUGAAACCCCUGACCACCGUCGCUAAACCUUCCCAUGCUUCUGGUUCUGCCACCGGGAAAACAAAACUGAUUCUAAUCCAAUUCGUUAUUUAGCAGUGAAGAACACAUUCAACCAGCAUUGUUGAUGGAUUUGGGCGUUGAACUGGAGAUCUGGAAAAGGAAUUGGGCGUUGAUGGAUUUUCGAAGGCGUUGAUGGGCAAUGGUGGCUAUGAUGGAUUAUCGUUUGCGAUGAUGAUUAUUGGUCGCAUACCCCUCCGUCCCUUCCAAUCCCUCCAAUCCCAGUGCAUUUACAAGUUCAAUUAUUGGUCAAAAGCUUGUUUGUAUGGCGUGCGAGUGAUGAGGUGAUGGAAAGGGUCGGUCACGGGAAGUGGCGGGUUUUAUGAUGUGUUGCGUCGGAUUUUAAUUUUUUUAGUUACGUCAACAAAAAAUCAUCUAUCUUGACAAUUAGUAAUAAAUUUUAAAAGGUUGGUCUUGCUUCAUUUCAAAUUUCUUGUAACGAGAGUGAAAGUUGGAAGAGUAUUUUUUUCUUCAC